CUGCCCACCCAGCCCCGCGGAGGGAUGGGGAGGAGACCCGGGCCGGGCACCCGCGGGGGCAGCGCCCAGCCCGGCUCCCGCCGCUGAGCACCGCAAGCGAACCGAACCGGGCGGAACCGAACCGAGCCGAGCCCGGCCGGGCCCCCCGGGCAGCGCCCCUUUGUCUGCGGAGGAGGCGAGGCGGGGGCGCUGCGGGAGCGGAGCCGCCGCCCCGCACCCUGCCAGAGCGGCAGGAUGGCCGAGAAGGGCAUGGACCCCGCCUGCGUCUCCAUCGCCCUGGAGGACACGGUGUGCCACGCCGGCCCUCCCGACGCGCCGCUGCUCACCACGCACCUGAAGAAGGUGGAGAACCACAUCACGGAGGCGCAGAGGUUCUCCCACCUCCCCAAGCGCUCGGCCGUCAACAUCGAGUUCAUCGACCUGUCCUACUCCGUGCGGGAGGGGCCCUGGUGGAGGAAGAGAGGGUACAAGACUCUCCUCAAAUGCCUGUCGGGGAAAUUCUGCCAGCGGGAGCUCAUUGGGAUCAUGGGCCCCUCGGGAGCUGGGAAAUCCACACUCAUGAACAUCCUGGCUGGCUACAGGGAGACUGGCAUGAAGGGGCAGAUCCUGGUGAACGGGCGGCCGCGGGACCUGCGCACCUUCCGCAAGAUGUCCUGCUACAUCAUGCAGGAUGACAUGCUGCUGCCACACCUCACCGUGCUCGAGGCCAUGAUGGUCUCUGCCAACCUGAAGCUGAGUGAGAAGCAGGAGGUGAAGAAGGAGCUGGUGAACGAGAUCCUGACGGCCCUGGGGCUGCUGGAGUGCUCCUACACCCGCACCAGCUCCCUGUCGGGGGGGCAGCGCAAGCGCCUGGCCAUCGCCCUGGAGCUGGUCAACAACCCGCCCGUCAUGUUCUUCGAUGAGCCCACCAGCGGGCUGGACAGCGCCUCCUGCUUCCAGGUGGUGUCCCUGAUGCGCUCCCUGGCUCAGGGCGGGCGCACCAUCAUCUGCACCAUCCACCAGCCCAGCGCCAAGCUCUUCGAGAUGUUCGACAAGCUCUACAUCCUGAGCCAGGGCCAGUGCAUCUUCAAGGGCGUCGUGACCAACCUCAUCCCCUACCUGAAGGGCCUCGGCCUCCACUGCCCCACGUACCACAACCCCGCUGACUUCAUCAUCGAGGUGGCCUCAGGGGAGUACGGGGACCUCAACCCCGUCCUGUUCCGCGCUGUCCAGAACGGGAUGUGCACCAUGGCCGAGAAGAAGAGCAGCCCUGACAAGGCAGAUUCGUGCCCCACGUGUGGGACGGAUGUGGAUCACAUCGAGAGCCACACAUUCGCCACCAGCGCCACAACUCAGUUCUGCAUCCUCUUCAAGAGAACCUUCAUCUGCAUCCUGCGGGACACGGUGCUGACCCAUCUGCGGUUCAUGUCCCACAUCUGCAUCGGGGUGCUCAUCGGGCUGCUCUACCUGCACAUCGGCAACGACGCGGGCAAGGUCUUCAACAACACCGGCUUCCUCUUCUUCUCCAUGCUCUUCCUCAUGUUCGCUGCCCUCAUGCCCACCAUCCUUACCUUCCCCCAGGAGAUGACCGUGUUCCUGAGGGAGCACCUCAACUACUGGUACAGCCUCAAGGCCUAUUACCUGGCAAAGACCAUGGCAGACGUGCCCUUCCAGGUGAUCUGCCCCAUCGCCUACUGCAGCAUCGUGUACUGGAUGACGGGCCAGCCCCCCGAGGCCACGCGCUUCCUGCUCUUCUCCGCCCUGGCCACCGCCACCGCCCUGGUGGCCCAGUCCCUGGGGCUGCUCAUCGGAGCUGCUUCCACUUCCCUGCAGGUGGCCACCUUUGUGGGACCUGUCACCGCCAUCCCCGUGCUGCUCUUCUCGGGCUUCUUCGUCAGCUUCAAGACCAUCCCCACCUACCUGCAGUGGAGCUCCUACGUCUCCUACGUCAGGUAUGGCUUCGAGGGGGUCAUCCUCACCAUCUACGCCAUGGAGCGCGAGGACCUGGAGUGCCUCGAGGACUUCUGCCCUUUCCAAAAGCCCAUCAAGAUCCUGCAGGAGCUGGACGUGGAGGAGGCCAAGCUCUACCUGGACUUCCUCAUCCUGGGCAUCUUCUUCGUCAUCCUGCGGCUCCUGGCUUACCUGGUGCUCAGGUACAAGGUCAAAUCUGAGAGAUAAGGGGGCCGUGGGGCCCCGGUGCCGUCCCCGGGCCUGGCCUGCUGUGAGAGAUGUUCUGCAGAUGGACACGGUGCUCCUGCAGGUCCCAGACCGUGGUGGAGGCACUGGGAGGUGCCAGCCAGGCCUGGCUCAGUCGAGAAGGGUUUUGAGACAUCUCGGAACUGUUUUAACCUUUCCACACACACUCUCUUCAUUGCAAAACGUUUUGUACAGCCCUGGCAUGUGCCACUGUCCUCCCCCAGGACUGACAGAGCUCAGCUCCCGUCUUGGUG